AUGAUAUCACGAAGUACCUUCCUCCUUCUCUUCCUCUCCACCUCCCUUACCUCUCUCGUCUCGGCCUCUAGCCAUACCUCAUUCUGCAAAUGCACCUGUUUCUCAAACAGUACAAUCAUCCAACUCGGACUGCCCGAUUCUAAAUCCUUCUCUGCAAUACACUCCAGGUUGCUCCUGUUUCCACGAGAUGAGGAAGAUAAGCAUGAUCCUGCGAAGGGCGAUAAGAAAAAUAGACCUCUGAACUGCAACGAUUGCAAUCGCCGGUUUUGCCUGGACUACAAUCUACCAAAGUGUAAAGGGGCGAAGGAAGAAGACGUCGUCACCACAUGUUUUCAGCGAGAUUCCAACAAGGAUAAAGCGGUCGUUUUUAUUUUCAUUAUCGCAACAGCCAGUCUGUUGGUCUGGGCGGCAAUAAAGCCAUGCGCGGAGAAAUGGAUAUCAGUACGUCUUUUUCCUUCCUACGUGAUGGCAACAGGGAAGAGUGCACCGAUAUCGAGGGUUGGCUUUAUGAAAUAUAUCCCGUCACUUCCCGUGUUCGUCCCACCUCCGUUCUGUUUUCAUCCCAUUCGAUCAAAUCGAUCUGUGAAGAAUAUGAAAUUAACCCAUCCGCAAAGACCAAACCCCAGAACCUCGACUACUGCAAACAAUCGUGAAUCCCCCGAUGAAUCUUUCCCCACCAUCCAACUCUUUAUUCUGGUAGCGAUAUGCCGCCUGGCGGAACCCAUCGCCCUAACCUCCAUCUUCCCUUACGCAUGGAUUAUGGUUAAGGAUUUUCAUAUGGGCGAGGAAAAAAAUGCCUCCUUAUACUCUGGAAUCCUCAUUUCCGCCUUUGCUCUGGCGGAGAGCUUGACAGGCAUUUACUGGGGUGGCCUCUCCGACAGAGUUGGUCGUAAGCCGGUCCUUCUCUUCGGCUGCGUAGGUACCAUGCUCUCCCUCCUUAUCGUCGGCUUCUCCACUAGCUUCUGGGUAGCUCUUCUUGGUAGGGUCGUGGGUGGGGUUUUAAACGGAAAUAUAGGUGUUGUCCAGACGAUGGUGGGGGAACUGGUCAAGAAGCCUGAACAUGAGCCUCGUGCCUACGCUGUCAUGCCAUUUGUCUGGUCGAUCGGAACAAUAAUCGGUCCAGCUAUUGGAGGGUACUUCGCAAGGCCUGCCGAUUCCUUUCCGUCUGUAUUCUCUCCUACUGGGAUUUUUGGUACUUUACCUUAUCUUCUCCCAAAUCUAAUCUGCUCAACUCUACAGUUGAUCAGUAUAUUUGCGGGGUAUUUUUUCCUGGGCGAGACUCAUCCGGACUUGCGCCGGGGUGGUGAGGCCGUCAGACAUACAGACGACGAGGGUGAGCUCGGGGCAUCUCUUGCUGCAGUUGCUAUAGGAGCCUCUACCGCACAUGGUUCAGCGGAUCUGCGAGCAACAUCUUACGGAACUUUCAACGAUGUAGAACUGCACAAGGACGAAGAAUGGGACGUCGAGUCAAAUGGAAAAGCUUUCGAAAGUUGCGCUCAUGAUCAAGCUAAGGUCUUCACAUACCGUGUCACCAUGUUAGUGAUUGCUCUGGGGAUAUUCACGUAUCACUCCAUGACCUACGAUCAUCUGCUCCCCAUAUUCCUUCAGGAUAAAGGGACCGGAACAGCCAAUACCACGGCAAAAUCAAUAUUUAAUAUCCCCAGCGGCCUGGGCCUUUCUGUCCAGGCUGUUGGACUUAUCAUGGCCGUCAACGGUGUGAUAGCACUUCUAAUACAAGCCAUAGUCUUUCCUCUCUUAGCGGAAUGGCUUGACGUAUGGAAAUUAUUCGUGCUUGUAACCGUUUUGCAUCCAGUCGCGUACUUCAUAGUGCCUUUCCUCGCCUUUCUCCCGCGAAAUCUCUUUUUCACUGGAAUCUACACUUGCCUGACAAUUCGCAACUUUUUCUCCAUACUUGACUACCCAGUCCUGUUGAUCCUCAUUAAACAGACAUGUCCGUCACACUCUGUGCUUGGCAAAAUUAACGGCCUUGCCGCUUCCGCAGGCGCUGCUUGUCGGACACUAGCGCCACCGAUUGCCGGCUAUCUGUAUAGCAUUGGUUCGAAGGUUGGGUUUACUGGCCUUGCAUGGUGGGCUAGUGCGAUUGUUGCUGCUGUGGGGGCUUGCCAGUUGUAUUUUAUACAAGAGAAGAAACGUACACCUCUGACGGUUUCGCCCACAGAUAUUUCCCUCCACCCUCGUCAUACUGCUGAAGAAGAACCCCUGGCUAAUGACGUGCAUGUUACUGUUCAUGAUCGCGUGUAG